AUGACGGCCACCAACUCAAUUGAAACCGCGGCAGCUCCCGAACCUGCCAUGGAGAAGUUCCUUCUGGUCGGUGCUGGCGCUCACGCCAAGAGAACUUAUAUUCCCCAUCUCAAGACUCUUCGUGAAGAGGGCAGGGCCUAUCUCAAAGUUGUUGUCGAUAUCGAGCGAUGCAAGGACAGAGUGGAAGACCUCUUGUUCACCAAGGGAAUGGCUCCGGAUGCGGAGCUGGUUCUGGUCCCGGCCUACGACGGACCCAUGCCUGCCGACGUCGCCGCGCGCCUGAACGAAGUUGUGGCGCGGACUGGAGUGACCUGCGCGGUCAUCAGCACGGAGCCUCUUGCCCAUAAGUCAUAUGGUCUUUGGGCUGUUUCCGCAGGUUUGAACAUCAUCAUGGACAAGCCUAUCUCGACUAGGAACGGCGCAGUCACCGACUUCGAUGCAGCCUUCGGAAUUGCCGAGGACUACCAGGAUCUUGCUGAUGCCUACGAAGAGCUCCGAGAGCGUCAGAUUGCUCAAGGCCAGAAGCCAACAUUCUUCCAGAUGAACAGCCAUCGCCGCUACCACCCUGGAUUCUACUGCACCUUCGACAUGAUCAAGGAGAUUCAGGAGAAGACCAGAUGUCCCGUUACGAACAUCAUCUCAACACAUUGCGAUGGCAAAUGGCGCAUGCCUUCAGAGAUCGUGGAUGAGCCAUACCACCCCUACCGUACAGGCUACGGCAAGGUCUCUCACAGCGGCUACCAUUUCUUUGACAUGAUUUACAACUUUAUGCGAUCCGGCUGGUCCGACACCAAGCGCCCCGACAAGAUGGAGAUUUCCAGCAGCUUUGUACUCCCCGCUGGUUUCGUCACCACCUUGAACGAGGACGACUACGACCACAUCUUUGGAAAGGAGGAGUACGCCAAGUGGAAGAAGUACACCGAUGAGGAGUUGAUGAAGCUCAUGGCCGACAUGGGAGAGAUCGACGCUUCCAUCCAAGUCACCUUCUCUCGCGGGGGUCACGCCAUCGCUAUCGCCCAGAUCAACCUCCUUCACAAUGGCUUUUCCCGCCGCAGCUGGCUGCAGCCCGGCGCUGACCUGUACAAGGGCAACGGAAGAGUCAAGCAUGAGGCCCAUGAGAUCCGCAGCGGCCCUCUGCAGACCAUUGUCAUCGACUCCCGUCAGGCCAACGACAAGCACGACCGCUCCAAGCCCAGCACCGGCGAGAUCGGCACCGACAACCACUUCGAGGUCCACGUCUUCCGCAACCACGACAUCACCGGCGACGAGGCCCCCCUGAAGACCUUCACCGUCGCCGACCUCGACCGCCGCUACAACACCGCUAUGCCCGGCAUCUAUUCCGAGAACGUCAAGCGCGGAAUCUUGUGGGAGGCUGUGGACUUUCUCCACGACAAAAAGACUCUUCCCGAGCUCACCUCCAACUUGGCGGACCACGCCAUCCCCGCCUACAUCAUGAGCGCCGCUUACAUCUCCCACAUCAGGAGAACGCGGGGUCUUGACCCUACCGUCCCCGUCGAGCUCGCUUACGGAGCCGAUGGACUGGCCAAGGCCCACAUUGCCGAGGCUCUGUACAGACCUUUCGAGACUGCGAGUGAUGCCAGCAGUGCUACAGACGUGGACCUGGCGACUCCGCUUGACGAGCCCUUACUCACAGAGGCAUCCAUCAAGGCAGCUAAGCUCGGUCUGACGGAGCCUUUGGCGUCUUUGAACGCGGUUUGA